AUGAACAGAGUAACAAAAAAACUUGCCCCAGGAAGAGUAUCAGUACCUACUCCAAGAAUUCUGGGCCAACUCAACUUCAGUCUUGUUGACAUUGGCAAGGCUUGCUCACUUUGUGAGAAGACCUUUAAAGAUCACUGGAAUCUUAAAAGACAUUUGCAAAGAUGCCAUGACAUAACGGAAAUGGUUGCAGAUGAUAUGAGCAUAGUCCAAGAGACCGAAUAUCAAGAUAUACAGACGAGUGACAGCCCAAAAAAUCCGCUUACACCAAGUGAAAGUGUGGAAGAGGAAUCAGACGUUGAUAAUGAAUACUACAAUAGUAUCUUAAAUUAUGACGAGUGUGAAGAAAGUGAUGAUGGAAGUAGAGUUGACAAUAGUGAUUUUGAUGUUGAGGAAAACACAGAGCCAAACGCAAGCAUUCCUCUGUUUAAUCACAUCUUGAACAACAUUUUAGAUGUUACUCUCUCUGACAGCACAAAAUUCACCGCAUCCCUUAACUUGCCUUCUGAGCACAUCAAACUCCUUGCUGCCAAUCCUAUAAAGUCAAAGUCAAUCUUUUCUUUACCUGAUCGCAUGCCAAACCAAUCUGUCUGUCUUCAACAAGGAGCAAAAUGGAGAACAAAUCCAUACUUCCAACAGCCCAUGUUUACCCACAACAACAUUGAUUUCUGGUCUGGUGACAUUGUUCUGUUAAAAGAUUGCUCGCCUAACAUUCGCUUUCUGAUGGAAUCUUUCCAUACAAUGGAUACAUCUAAUGUUUUCUCUCGUGGAUAUAUUGUUCAAACUCCAAAAGAUGGUUGUAGCAUUGGCAUUAAAAUCAAUCAUACUGACAUAAAUAUUGAAUCAUUUCUCUCUGUUGACACAACCCCAUUAAACACCUCCUUAUGUUGCAGCAUCUCUCCUGACACAAUUAUCUUGCUCAUUCCAACUCAUUGUGAUACUUCUGGAAACACCUCUAAGCAAUUUAAUCCAUACGAGAGCUGGUCGAUGAAAUGUGCGGCUCUCUCUUUUGAGGAAAGGUGCUCCAUAGAGAAUAUCUUAUUUAUAUCAGCAAUUCCAAAGAAGAAAGGUGCAAACGCUACCUUGUUGUUAUCUGAAAUUGUUGAUGAUUUGAAGAAGCUAGAAAACGGCGUGGUAAUGUUCUCUGCAGAAGAUAAUGCAUAUAUUCUUGUGGUACCUCCUUUACUUUGGAUUGAGGCAGAUACAUUUUGUCACUCAGAGCUUUGCGGUUUAGGUGCGCCCAACUCAACUUACCCUUGUAGAAAACAUUCAACAAGAACCAAGGACCAUUAUAUCCAGGCCGCUUCUACACCAGACAGAGAUACAGUGAUCCCUGAUAUUCCUUACUUUGAUGACAAAAACACAGCAGAAGAGUUAAGUUUUAAAAACAAGUCAACAGACAAACUGCUAGAACUUAAAGCAUAUGACCAGUCAAAAGACACUUCUGCUGAAAUAUUGCAUUACAUUCUCCUUGGCAUUGCAAAGUAUCUUAUAACUGAUCUGGUUAAAGUUGUCUUGAACAAAAACAAAAAAGAACUAGAAGAACUGUUUUAUUAUAUUAAAGACUACAAAAAUUCCAGAGGCAUAUCAAGAGCGUUUACAAGGUCUCUCACCCAUGCUGGUUUGUUUCUUAGUAGAGACUUCAAGGUACUAAUCCAAAUACUUCCGGUAAUCCUGGCCAUAAAGUUUGCAGAUACAGAAGUAUUGCAGAAAAUCACUCCCCUCUUUGUUCGUCUCAGCCGUCUAUGCUCUCUAAUAUUUGUUCGAUCUAUCGACAGUCAAUACGAGACAUAUAUCAGUGAAGUAGACACUGCUGUUAGAAGUCUAAUUGAAGUCCUACACAAAUACGACACUAACUGUAAACAUAAAAAACAUGCCUUCUAUACGUCCAAGCCAAAAGUCCAUCUGUUGACCCAUCUGCCUGAAGAUUUACGAAGAUUUGAGCCUGCUCUUAACUACGAGACCAAAAAGGGAGAGCAGUUCAACAAGCAUAUUCGUGAACACUUGUUUCAUACAAACCGAUGA